AUGGAGCUUGAUGGAAGCGAGGUGACUUGCUUGGAAUCUUUAGCAAGGAAGCUCAGGAGGGUGGGAACUCGGCAGCAGUCCGGGUAUCUGGGACUCCAAAGCCCUUUGGCAGGCAGCAGCGGGUCGGUGGCAUCUCCCCCAGGGAAGCAGUAUUCAGACUCCUGCAGCAAGCAGCCGGGACAGCUGGCUGCACUGACCCCCUUCCCGCCUGCAGGCGUGAAGACUCCUCUGUGGAGGAAGGAGGUGGAGGAGCCUGAGGCCAGGGAGGAGGAACUGGAGGACGAAUCGGACUCGUCAUCCUCCUCAGAGGUGGAGGAGAGGCUGAACCCCGAGAGCCCGGAGAAGGCCGAGGAGGACGUCCGAGAGACAGAGGAGCGCGAAGCUCGCACGGUGUCCUAUUGCCCUCUGCGCCAGGAGCCCAGUAACCAGCAGGUGGCGCUGCUGCGACGCUCGGACAGCGGUUUCUGGGGUUGGCUCAGCCCGUUCGCACUGCUAGGUGGCCUGGCGGGCCCCGCUGAGAGGUGAGAGGCAAAGUGCCCGGGGGCUGAGCCUUAGGGAGGAGUGCUGCAGGGUUCUUGAGCACUCACGUCCCCGGCCCACAGGAAGCGGGGUGCCCCGGAGGAACCGUGUGUGUUGGAGACGCGGCGGCGGCCACCCCGCCGCGGCGGUUGUGCGCGUUGUGAGAUCCUUUUCUGCAAGAAGUGCAAGAGCCUGCAUAGCCACCCGGCCUACGUGGAGCACUGUGUUCUGGAGCAUCCUGACCUGGGUAAGGCGGAGGCCGCUGGCACCUCUGAGCGCAUCUACUCUCAGCCUCUGCGCCCGCAACGCUCCAAACUCUUCUAUCUCUAGUGCGUUCCACAGGACUGUCCUCUCCCGCCGCCAUCCCUGAGAAGGCCCGCUGUGGGUUCAGCGUUGUCUCGCUGAAUUACAGCAAAAGCUAGGCACUCCUCCCGAGACGACCCAGCAUCUACAGCCCUCCUGACCCACACCUCCAACACAGCCUCACCCUUUUCAGGUCCUUCUGGCCAAGCGAGCAGAAGCCUCGCCUGGAGAAAAGCAACCCUCUAAAGCAUUGCCUUUUUCCCUCUAACCCCUUCAAUAAAGUCUCUAAUCAGAGUCGCUUGAGGUGAAACGGAGUGACAAAAGAUGGUAC